AUGGCACCUGCAGCCCUCACAGCGGAGCAGUACCCGCCAUCUCUCAAACAGGCAGAAAGGGAUGAUCUCAUCCAGACCAUCAAGGACUGGUCGAUCGGGCAUGGCCUUGCCGUGCGGCCCCAGCCGUCCGUUGUCUCGAGCGACGUCGACCCCAAGAGCAUGCUCGCCAUCAAUGUGCCUGUUACGCUCUUCCCGAGCCCCUUCCCCAGGCAAUGCUUCGAGCAGGCGAGGACGGUGCAGAAGACGUACAACGAGCUCUAUGCCGCCAUCAGCAGGGAUGAGGAGUUCCUCGCUGAUGCCGUGAACGAGGUCCGAGACGGAGAUGAGUUUACGACGAGCCUGUGGGACAUUCACCUCAAGGUCAAGGAAGAAGGCUACACGCAAAACCUGUCCCUUGGCUUGUUCAGGUCAGACUACCUGGUUCACCAAGACGAAGAAGGUCAGCGUCAAGUGAAGCAGGUCGAGUUCAACACGAUCGCAGCCUCUUUUGGUGGCCUAUCAUCCCAGACGAGCCUCCUACACAAGUACUCCUACCACUGA